GAUGCGACAUUAACUAUGAAAUUGAAAAACGAGCAUAAAUUUAUGAUGGAUACAAGAUUAUUGAAAAUUAUCGGAUUCUACCAAUUAUUCAACCCACGCAGUCCAAAAUUGUUUGGUUACAACAUUUUUAAAUGUAUAGCUGCAAUACAAAUAUUUAUUUUCACUAUGACGCUAUUUGGGUUAAUUGUGAGCAUAUACUGCUGCCUAAGCGACAUAAUUGAGGGAAUGAGAUGUUUCUGGUUGUGUGUGAUAGGUAUGGUUACAAUUUAUAAACACAGUUACAUAAUUUAUUACUCAGAUAUCAUAUGGAAAUGUAUACAAUUAACGUUCGCCGAAGGUUUAUCAUAUAAGUAUUACAGCCGACGUAUACAUGAGAAUGGUCGAAAGAAAUUGGAAUUGGUUUUGGAAUUUUUUAUAGUUUUGUGGUUUGUGAAUGUUUUAUUUUGGAUAUUGACACCGUUCGCUGUAAAAAACUCUUACACAAUAGUAAAGGGGAGAAAUGAGAUUUACCAUUACCACUUAAACAUAAUUAAUGUAAUUUAUCCAGUGACCGAUAAAUUCUACAAUGACAAUUUUACAAUGUUUUACACUAUGGAAUGUACAAUAAUGUUUGUUUGGGCUCAUGUUACAUUGAUUUUUGAUGUAUUUAUAAUUGUAAUCUGUAUUGCAACCGCGUAUCAGUUAAAGGCUAUUGAAUAUUCGUUUAAUACACUUGGCAACGUAAAGAAUCAAUGUAUGAGUAACCGAAUGUCAAUAGUUAGACACGAUGAAUCAAAAGUCCUAGAUGUGAAGAUUUUGAUUAAGGAUCAACAAAAAGUGGUAGAGAACAUGAAAUAUAUGCACAAAAUAAUUCAACCAGUAUUAUUUUAUCAAAUAGCUUCUGUGUCAUCAUUAAUAACAUUACUAUCCAUCUUACAAAUAAUGAGUAAUUGUUUCAAUGGUUUUUCAUUGUUAUCUCCAAUGAACUUCAAACUUUUUAUAUCAAUAUCAUCAGAAAUAUUCCAUACGUGUUUUAUCUACUACUUAUUUUCCAAUGUCAAUGAACAAUUUAAGCGGACUGCGUUUACAGCUAUAUCAUGGUGUUGUCAAAACGAUGUGUCAAAACCGAAAAAUAUAAACGGUGUUACUAAUUUAGAAAAUUAAAUAGGUAAUCGUAGUACAAAGUAGGUGAUACAAAGAGUAGAAAAAAUGUGAUUCAUACUCACUAGACACCUAAUCUUGUUUAGCCAUAAAUAGUAAGUUAUUAAAAUAAACCAAACAUUGUUAAAAAAAUUACUAUUUUUAGAAGUUUGUAGUUUGAAAUAAUCUA